CCUGAGUGAUGAGCGGCCUGCGCCAGACAGCGAGGCGCUGGGUCCCGGCGGCCAGGAGGAGCGUGUGAGCGUUGGGGGGCAGCUCCACAGGCCCUGCGGCGGGCGGGCGGCCAUGAAGCCCUGCCCCGAGGAGCGGUACUGGGACCCCCUGCUGAACGGCUGCGUCUCCUGCAGACCCAUCUGCAGUCGCCAGGUUCCACGGACCUGCACCGCCUUCUGCAAGUCGCUGAGCUGCCACAAGGAGCAGGGCUGGUACUAUGACCAGCUCCUGCGGGGCUGCAUCAGCUGCGCCCCCAUCUGCGGACAUCACCCCACGCCGUGCGCUCACUUCUGUGAGAGCUUUCUCAGGAGCCGCGGGGCCCUCCGCCCAGCGCCCAGGAGGCAGAGGCCCGGGCAGGCCGAGACCAGAGCAGACGCCGCGGGGAGGUACCAGGGGUCCGAGCACAGAGGCCUGGAGGCAGGUCCAGCGCCCCCAGGGCUGCGGCUGAGCGCCGACCAGCGGGCCCUGGUCUACAGGGAGGCCGCUCCUCCAUCUCCCCAGGGCCGCUCCUCCAUCUCCUGGGGCUGCUCCUCCAUCUCCUGA